AACAAAACUAAAACAAGAGAAAAAUGCUUUCAAAGAUGAAGCUGGUGGUUCUCAUGUCGUUCUUGCUUCUGCUUCCAUUGUGUUCAUCGGGAUUUGGAGAGGGCCAUGGAGUUACUCACACCAACCAAUAUUCCUUAAACAAUCUUGAGGAGAGUAUCCCCACGAUCAUGGAUUAUCCAGAACCAGGCCCUAACCCAAUACAUGAUCCAACGAAACCCGGUUAUGGUCGUCCUCCGCCACCUCCACCAAAGAUGAACUAACAAUCAUGAUGAAGCAAAUAAAAAUGUGUAAUUAUGUUAAUCAUGCUCGCGCGGAGAACUAGUAUGCAUGUGAAGCAAAAAACUAUAUGCUAUGUACUAUCAAACUAAUCAAUGAAAUAAAUAAAAUG